CGCAAUAUUCCACGGUGCUGCAGAAUGGCUUCCACUUCGGACAGCGAGCCCUGGCUGUUGAUACUGGAAACCAUUAAACACCACUGUAAAGAGGAAAGAUUUGAACAGUAUAUUCUAGACAUGAUGUGGGAACGAGGUAAAAUCGAGUUGGCCUACAUUAAGAGUCUGCAGCAGUGGGCGGACGACUUCACGAACAGAUGCGAGGACAAAGAUGUGCCCUAUGGCACGCCUGUGAUUGAUGUCCUAGUACUGCCUGCACGCGAGGCCAGGUCACAGGCCAAUCAGCACCAACGUCUCUACAACGCGCUGAUGAGUGGCGAUGGACCAUGCAUCAAACUCAGAACAGCAAUAACUGACUUAAGAAACAGCAUAAUGCCAUUAUCAAGUCAAAGGGUUUUCACCACUUUGGUAUCUCAGUUCAUUUCCCUGCACAACCAGAAGAGGGAACAUGGAAGUAAUGUUGCCAAGUGGAAACAGCAUUUUGCCCGCGCCCAGUCUGCAGCCGUAGCCGUGAAAGUUGGUGGGAAAGUCAAUAUAAAACGAAACAACCAGUUAUCCAGACCGUUUUCAGCCAGAAAGAUGGAAACUCUUCAGUGCAAACAGUUUCACCUGAAAAGGUUUGCCGACAUACAGGAGCAGCAGCUGAAGGGAGCUGAGAAAGUUCUAUCCGACUUCAUGAACAGUCAAACAGUGCCUCUCAAAUCAAUGCAAGAUGAUCUGUGGUUCUUCGCAACGAUUCGGCUGGCUGAUAUUGUGAAAAUUAUUAAAUUGUUUAUGCAACGUCUUCAAGGUCAUGAAAAGUCAUCGGAGAGGAAAGAAAAGCGAAAAAGUCUGGUGGAUUGCGAAAAAUUCCUCACCAACUUCACUUCCAGUAAUUUUGGCGAGGAAAAUUUGGAGAACUUGAAAAUAAAAGUUAAUGAAACUGUAAAACGAAGGUUGUCAACUGACUGUUCUCUAGAGAAUUUCACCACAGUGGACAUCGGAGAAAGGUUUUCAUCUGAACUUCUAACUACAGAGUUAGCAAUAUUACCCAGCGAACAGAUUCCUUCCGAAAUAGAACUCUUUGCAGUUCAACAGCAAAACAUGGUGCUGCAUUCCUUUCGUCCCAGAUUAGAGGGUUCCCCUGCCGCCGAUAACCCGGGAGAGAGGGGACCCAUCGCAGUGGGACGACAGAACAAGAAGCUGCAUUCGCCACAGACGUCUCUCCGACAACAGACAACGUGUGCUGACGUGGCCACCAUAAGUCUCAGAGACACCUGGACACACCCCGCACCAGCAAGCAAUACGCCCAACAUUAACAGUUGGUUUACUGCGUCUAAUUCAGAAGGCAUUGAGGUACUAGAACUGCCAAUAGAGAUGGCGACUUUAUCAAAAGAAACACUUCCCUGGGUGGUGAGAGAUUUCUGUAUUGCGUCGGACGAGGAUACUGACAACUGCCUUGUAUCAGAGCCAACUUGGCAGCGCAUAAAGAAGCGAAUUGUGACCGAACUCAUUGAUACGGGUAGCAAGACCGACGUCACUGAGUUUUGCGAACAGAAGGACGAUAGUGAGAGGAGCGAAAGUCCAUGUGAAUCUGAAAGUGAUUCAUCCAGCGGGGAAUCAGAUCUUAAAAAUCCCAUUAAAAACGCCGCACAACUCAGCAAUGUUCGGGUAGUGGCAACACGUGAUUACAAAGCCAAUAAUGAAAACGAACUUACGUUUUCAAAAGGCCAAAUAAUACAUCAAAAAUGUGGUGAAGACGAAUAUGGAUUUUCCUACGGCUGGACAAAAACCAGUAAAUUUGGUUCUAAAAAAUACGGCCAUUACCCAUCACAUGUUAUCCAGAUAACAGACGAUUAGCAGCUAUGUUUAAUAUCACCGUAAAUAUGCACCUUUGUAAAGAGCUUUGGAAUAGAAAAUGUCACAUAGUUGAUCUCUACACUAGGCUUAUAUAUUAAUGGCUCAUUGGGCACACCCAGAGUGGGGUAUGGGGGCCAUGAUGAGCCCACGAAAUAUAUAGUUUUUUCCCAUCCAUAGUAUAUGUUGGCAUAUCUUACAAGCAUACUUGGUUACGCCAGUGUAAUGACCUCUGUUCAGAUUAGAACGAAAACUCACUCCAGUUUUUUUAGACAGCUACUUGUUUUAAGUAUGCUUUUUACUAUUCUUCCAUAUAUGAUAUACUAUACAGAGGCAGAUCCAUAAAAGGGGCCAGGUUUAGGUAUAUACACAUUUGAGCCACUGCAAAUGCCUUUUCCUCUACCCUGGGUCAAGCCACUGGUCAUACAAGAGUGGACAUGGCUGAACCUAAUGGAUGUGGGCAUUGAAAAACCUGGAAUUUGAUUUGCAAAUGCCUUAAUUGCCAUAGUGUACAAUAAAUCAGUUUACCGCAAACUGACAACCUGGCAAGUACCAGUUUUGAAAUGCAUCCCGUCCUUGUCCCUAAAAAUGACUGAUCCUGUUCCUGCGGUAACACAUAUUGACCUGUACUAAGCAGCUGCCAGUGCUACGAGUCGGGGUUUUUUCAUUCAUACUGGUUUGAGUGGUUACUCGACACAGGUUUAUACAUGUAUAAUUUAUGUUGAAAUAGGCUAAGCGCAAAAAUUACAUGAACACCAGGAUUUGGGAUUUAAUGUAUUUUCUGUUUAUUUUUUUGUUUGAUUAUUGUCGUUGUUUUAAAGAUGCAUUAUUUAAGUGUGAAAUUUUAAAUGAAUAAAGUUCAGUGUCAGUGUUUGAGUGUGUGUCUGUCACGUGCCGCUACGAGCACGACACGUGGCAGAUUAUCGCUCUUGAUUUUGGCUGAUGCGGGCUGCCGAGAGUGAACCUGCCUUACGAAAACAUCUGCGAUUAAUGUUUAAUUGGGUAGAGAUCAGGUGAUUUGGCUGGCCAAGGGAGGUUCGGUAACGUUGGUUCCCAGAUGAAGUUGACUUAAAUACUAAGACCUCCGGAGAUGUGCAUUGUCAAAGAUCUUGAAAAACAAAGCUGGAAUACACUCUGUGAGGUAUAGGAACAACAGCAGGUCAUACGAUUUUUACAAUCGUUCUAUGAAUGUGUUUGUAAAUUGCUUUCAAUAUUACAACACUAAGGGCGGUUCUGGGAGUGGCGCGGUUGCGGGAUGCAAAAACAAAAAGAUGUAUUAAAAAAAGACCCUAUCAAUAACAGAGUGUCUAUAUGCGCAGCGCAGGUUUUGAUGACCGUACCUGCGUCGUGUCAAACGGAGAACGGACCUAAUUCUUCAUUCGAUAUUUGCGCUUAGUAUGUAUUUGCUAUACUCCUUAACCAUAACUGUGUACUUUAAACUAGUAAAGUGAUUGUUUAUAAUUUUCGCGUUUUUUGUUAUAUUAUAUAUAUAUAUAUAUAUAUAUAUAUAUGUUUUUUAAAAAUUAUUUUAGUUUAAUUUUAAUUUGCAGUAUUGGAUAGUUUUGUGUAAGAGUGUGUCGCUUUACUAUGGCAUAUAAACAUUUGUUUAUAAAUACGUGCACUGUGUAUAAUCGAUCUUGGAUAUAACGGCUACCACCAGGUCGUGGUUUUGGCAAAUAAGUUGUACAACAUUCACGUUGUAGCAGGAUCGACAGUAUAGUCUAACUGUUGGCGUCUGUUAAACUAUGUUCAAAGAGUAGCUAGCGGUAUUAGGGCUUUAGCACAGUGCAUGUAGUACUGGGGUGGCGUCCGUUAAACUACCAGUAUGUUCCAAAAGUAGGUAGCGAUAUUAGGGCUUUAGCACAAUGCAUGUAGUACUGGGGUGGCGUCCGUUAAACUACCAGUAUGUUCCAAAAGUAGGUAGCGAUAUUAGGGCUUUAGCACAGUGCAUGUAGUACUGGGGUGGCGUCCGUUAAACUACCAGUAUGUUCCAAGAGUAGGUAGCGAUAUUAGGGCUUUAGAACAAUGCAUGUAGUACUGGGGUGGCGUCCGUUAAACUACCAGUAUGUUCCAAGAGUAGGUAGCGAUAUUAGGGCUUUAGAACAAUGCAUGUAGUACUGGGGUGGCGUCCGUUAAACUACCAGUAUGUUCCAAGAGUAGGUAGCGAUAUUAAGGCUUUAGCACAGUGCAUGGUGUACUGGGGUUACGUCUGUUAAACUACCGGUAUGUUCCAAGAGUAGGUAGCGAUAUUAGGGCUUUAGCACAAUGCAUGUAGUACUGGGGUGUCGUCCGUUAAACGACCAGUAUGUUCCAAGAGUAGGUAGCGAUAUUCUAGGCGUUAGCACAAUGCAUGUAGUACUGGGGUGGCGUCCGUUAUACUACCAGUAUGUUCCAAGAGUAGGUAGCGAUAUUAGGGCUUUAGAACAAUGCAUGUAGUACUGGGGUGGCGUCUGUUAAACUAUGUUUAAAGGGUAGGUAGCGAUAUUAGGGCUUUAGCACAGUGCAUGUAAUACUUGGUGGAGUCUGUUGAACUACCGGUAUGUUCAAAGAGUAGGUAGCGAUAUUAGGGCUUUAGCACAAUGCAUGUAGUACUGGGGUGGCGUCUGUUAAACUAUAUUCAAAGAGUAGGUAACGAUAUUAGGGCUUUGCCACGAUGCAUGCAGCACUGGGGUGGCGUCUGUUAAACUAUGUUCAGAGUAGGCCGCGAUAUUAGGGCUUCAGUACGCAUGUAGUACUUGGGUGGUGUCUGUUGAACUAUGUUCAAAUAGUGGGUAGUGAUAUUAGGACACGAUGUACGCAGUACUAGGGUGGAGUCGAUUAAACUACCGGUAUGUUCACAGAGUAGGUAGCGAUAUCUGGGCUUCAGCACAAUGCAUAUAGUACUAGGGUGGCGUCAGUAAUCUUCUGAGCUUGAAAAUGUUUAAAGAUUUGCUGUAGAUAGUGGCAGGGACAACCGCAAUGAUAUAGAGGAACACUCGGUUAAGCCAUCUUCUUGCUAUACAUGUAUGGGGUCAACUGCCUUGAUUCGACAAACGAAUAUAACUCGAGAUUCUAGUUUUAAUAAUUGUUGUACACGGUACAUGCUAUUCUUGUUCAAAUGGAUUUUUACAACACGCAAGUCACAUUUUGGUGUACAUCUGUUUUAGGUGUUUCUGUCAUUUUCGUGUAAUGUCGUUUUUGUUCUUUGUUGUUCAGAAUUCUUAAGUCUUCCUGCAUUGAUAUAUAAAAAAAAAACAGGCUUGUUUCUGUCUAUUACUUUAAUAGUCAAAUUAUUUUAUUGUUUCGGUUUGUUUAAUUUGAAAUCCUAUCAUGCUAUGCGAAUGGUAUUUUCGUGUUUUAAUUUUUCGUUUUCUAAAUGUGCAAAUUUAUAUAAUUAUUUAUGAAAUAGUGUACCUCAACUUAAUUUCCACCUAACACUCAAAUAUUUUUGUAAUUUAUUAAUAUUAUUAUUUUGUAUGACAUAAAUAGCUGUGAUGUAAUUAGUUUUAUGUAUUUAAUGUAUAUUUAAUUAGAUUAUCGUAUAUAGGCCUAGUAGUUAAUGUUUCGUCGACAUGUUUAAUAAAUAGUUUUGUUAUUUCGUAUGCUUUGUACAUUUCUUUUAAUACUAGUCUAUGCAAACUCUAUUGUUGUAAAAAUAAAAUACCGUGCUUUGUAUUUUUUUAUUUUUUUAUUUAUCAUAUUUAGCAAGACUGUACAAUUUCGGCAAAAUAAUAAAUUACAGUUUCAGUAAGAAUGAAAGAAAAAA